AUGUCAGACAAGCCACCCUUGGUUUGUAAGACCAAUGAAAAUCAGCAUAUGAAGGGCAAGAUGUGGGAUAUAGAAGAUGUCUAUUAUGUUCCUAAUGGUUAUGAUACAUUGGACUGUUAUAAUUAUUUGCAAUCAUCAUCUUCUAAGUCGUCUUUUGAGGAACCGCUAAACACAGUUAUUUCUAACAAUAAUCCUACCAGCAUUGUUAUUAACGCCACACAAUCUCCUUCUGAUAUUGCCAGAAGUAAUAGAAAGCAGAUUAUGUUAGAAAAAAGAGCUCGAGGCAGCUCUAUGAUUUCUGGAGACAUGUUGGAAUUGGCACAAUCUCAUAGUAAUGUUAGAUCUAAGAGACAUGUGGUUCGAAGUUCAAAUAUCCUUAAAUCAGUUACACGGAGAAUUAUAAAUGAUGAAAAUAUUGCAUCAAGUUCUCAUGACCAAUCAAAUACUACCGUUCAAGAUGACUGUGUUACAGAAGACGAUAGUGACAACGACGUCAAUUAUAUGGAUAUCGUUACAGAGAGCUACUCAGAUUUAGGAGACCCAACACAUGUAUGUGAGUUUUGUGGCGCGGAAAUGUGGUUCAAUGAGAGAGCUAACAAGAAAUCCAAAAACAUCAAGCCAAAUACAUCAAACCCAGACAAGUUUGAAGAUCGCUUAGUUGCAGAAUUACAAGAUAUGUUAGAUCAUAAUAACCCUUUAGCUCAUAAUUUUAGAAUGGCUAGGGAUAGGUUUGCAUCUAACACGUGUGAGAAUUUGAAAUUAAAACUUAUUGGCAAAAGAGAGUCUGAUGGCAGAACUUAUAAUUUGCCAACAACAUCAGAAGUAGCUGCACUUAUCGUAGGAGAUAUUGAUAGUGCCGACAAAAGAGAUAUAAUUAUCGAAACGAAGGGUGGAAAGCUACAACAAAUUUCCGAACUUCAUCCUUCUUACCUCGCUAUGCAAUAUCCACUAUUAUUUCCAUACGGAGAAGAUGGAUUUAGAACAGAUAUUAUGCACAGGGAUAAGACUCCAUCAGACGGUUCAACAGGAAAGAGGUUUAAACUCACAAUGCGUGAGUUUUUUGCAUACAGAAUACAAGACCGAGCUCUGGAGGCGGCAACAAUACUAUUAUCUCGAAGGUUGUUACAACAAUUCAUAGUUGAUGCUUACACAAUGAUUGAAGCUGAAAGGUUGUCUUUUCUUAGACACAACCAACAAAGCUUGAGAGCUGCUAAUGUCAAGAAUUUAAGAGGUGCUGUCGAGAGAGGUGAAACCGAGGGAUCUUCGACUGGAAGUCGUAUAGUAUUGCCAUCUUCCUUCACAGGAGGACAUAGUUAUAUGAGAGAAAACUAUCAAGAUGCGAUGGCUAUUUGCAGAUGGUAUGGUUAUCCAGAUUUAUUCAUAACAUUUACGUGUAAUCCUAAGUGGCCUGAGAUUACUAGAUUUGUAAAAAAAAGAGGCCUAAGGCCAGAGGAUAGGCCAGACAUCAUAUGUCGAGUUUUUAAGAUGAAACUAGACCAGUUGGUGAAAGAUCUGAAAGAUGGCAAAAUAUUUGGCAGGGUUAGGGCUGUGGUCUAUACAGUUGAAUUCCAAAAGCGUGGUUUGCCGCACGCUCAUAUUUUGUUGUUCAUGCAUCAGGGAGACAAAUACCCUGUUGCUUCAGAUAUUGAUAAGAUUAUUUGUGCUGAGUUGCCUGAUAAAUCUGAAGAUCCAGAACUAUAUCAAGCAGUAGAUGAUGAAGGAUAUCCAGUGUACAGACGAAGAGAUAAUGGAUCUACAGUUGAGAAGAGUGGGGUUCACCUUGAUAAUCGGUAUGUUGUCCCAUAUAAUGCUGAAUUGCUUCGUAAAUAUCAAGGACACAUAAACGUUGAAUGGUGUAAUCAAUCUAGAUCAAUUAAAUAUUUGUUCAAAUAUAUAAACAAGGGAUAUGAUAGGGUUACGGCUGCGGCUUAUCAAGAUAAACAGAAAGAAGGUGAAGGUAAAGAAAUAGAUGAAAUAAAGAUGUACUAUGAUUGCCGAUAUAUUUCGGCGUGUGAAGCAAUUUGGAGGAUUUUUGGAUUCAACAUACAUUAUCGAACCCCUGCUGUUGAAAGAUUAAGUUUUCAUCUACCGGGAGAACAAACCGUUUUGUUUAACGACCAUGCGGAUGCACAGAGAGAGUGGACCCCAAGAUCUAGAGGUGUCACAAUAGGACGAAUCUACCAUGUCUCACCUGGAUCUGGAGAGAAGUUCUACCUUAGAACUUUAUUAAAUUUUGUAAAAGGCGCGACAUGCUACGAAGACAUUAGAACGGUUGAUGGUGUAGUGUGUCCUACAUUCAAGGAAGCUUGCUAUGCAAGGGGUUUACUUGAUGAUGACAAGGAAUAUGUCGAUGCAAUAACAGAAGCAAGUUUUAGAGAAUCAGGGUAUUAUCUAAGACAUUUGUUCUCUAUGUUACUAUUAUCUGGUAGCAUGUCGAAGCCGGAGGAAGUUUGGCAUAAGACAUGGCAGUUAUUAUCUGAUGACAUACUUUACAAACAGCGUUGUCUUCAAAAAAAUAAAGACCUGCAUUUAACCGAUGAUCAAAUCGAAUCUUUUGCAUUGGCUGAGAUUGAAACCAUGCUCCAAAGUAAUGGUAGCAGCUUGCGUAGAUUCAGUGAAAUGCGUUUCCUGAUGAACUAA